AUGCUGGGUAUAGCAAGCUUUAUCCACCGGGCUCUAAAUGCCGCUCUCCAUUUCUUGAAGCUAGUCCAAAAUCGUGAAGUGGGCUGGCAAACAGUGGACCGGAAGACUGGAACAUACAUACGCGAACAACAGACAAUAUGGAAGAAGCUCAAGCUCCUGCUGUUGUUUAACCCGGUUACGGAAUGGAUUGACCGAACCCAUCUUCUGCGCCUUUGGACACACGAGAAAAAUCUGACUGCAGGACGUCGAGAGGGUGAACCGAAGUCGCAUCGGCAGAUUAAGGGUUUCAUUGAAUUUUAUGGAAUUGACAUGUCUCAAUUCGAGCCCUCUGAUCCUGAAAGCUACCCUACAUUCGAGGAUUUCUUCAUUCGCAAGCAUCGCAAGGGCACGAGACCCAUAUACGCCGAAACGGAUCCAUCCAAAGCUGUCGUGGCAGCCGACUCCCGAGUGGUAGUAUAUCCGACUGUUGAGAAAGCCAGGGCAUUGUGGAUCAAAGGCAGCGACUUCACGAUUGCAAACUUGAUUAAGGACGACCACCUCGCAGAUGUAUGGGAGAAUGGUGCCGUUGCAAGUUUCCGCCUUAGCCCGCAAGACUACCACCGGUACCAUUCGCCAGUUGAGGGGAAAGUGAAGUGGUACAAACAAAUUCCAGGAGAUUAUUUUCAAGUCGACCCGGUGGCUCUGCAUAGCUCCGUGAACAUUUUGACCGAAAAUGCGAGGUCUUGCGUCUGCAUUGAAAGUGAGGCCUUCGGCAAUGUUCUCUUUGUAGCAAUUGGGGCUACAGAUGUCGGAACGGUGAAGAUCCACGAUGAACUACAAACGAACGGCCACCAUGUCAAAAAGGGCGAGGAAAUUGGCCUAUUUCAGUUCGGCGGCUCUAGCAUACUGGUCGCAUUCGAGAAAGGGCGCAUUCAAUUCGACGAUGACUUGGAAAGCCUCAGUUGUCAGCAGAUCAUGACUGAUGUUGAAGUUGGUCAAAGCCUAGGCCAAGCGUCUAAACCCUUGGCAUCAACUUCACACAAGUAG